GUCUGCUACUCUGUCGUCUGACCAGGCAGUUAACAGAGGAGAGAGCUCAGCAACUGGAAAGAAAAAGAGAAGGAGAAAGAGAAAAAUAAUUAUUCUCAUGACUUUCUGUCUUUCAGUAUGAAAGUUUGUUUCUCUAAGAGAGGUUCCUCUGAUUCGGCGUUUUACCUGGACUUUCUGCUUCCUCUGUGUUGUUAUCUGUGGACACUCUCUGGACAUUCCUUUGUGAUUUACUCGGACCGCACCGCGAGGGUCUAGUGUGUUUGUGUGUUCGCUGGGCCAUGCCCGCCACUGGUGGCCGGUCAUCCAGCGCCAGGGGUACAUCAUUAAAAGGGGGCCACCUCCACAGGGGCUGUGCCUGCCAACACUUAUUCCGUAAAGUCCUGAUCAAGUGUGGCUGCUGCUAUGCCCGGGUCAGAGACUCAUACUCGGCUGCAGGCAGCGAGGGUAGCAUCUCCACCUCCGUGGCGUCCCUGCCUCCGACCCUGACGGUUUCCUGUAGCUCCGCCCCCAGCUCCCCAGGCUCGCGACGUUCCGUAAGCACCUUGAAGAAGUGGCUGACCAAUCCAGUCCGCAAGCUCAGCGCUGGGGCCGUCAACAUCUCAGCCAGCUCCAAGGGGGAGCGGCAGGUCAGGAAGUUGGAUGGGGGAAGCAAAUCCCCUCCUCCUAUUCCCCCUUCUAGGCACAGUCAUGACCUGGGCCUGGGCCUGGGCCUGGGCCUGGGCCUGGGAGGGCUGGGGCUUGGGAGACCCCUAGGAUCAGAGGACCACCUCACCACUAUACUACCCAUCACACACAAAGAGAUGGAGUGCAGGUAUAGGUUGGCCAGUCCUGAGGAGCUUUCCUCAGCAACCCUAAACUCUCCCAGCUACUUGUCUGAUUCACUACAGGGCUGUAUUGCACUUGCCUACACACAGGAUACUCAGGCCACCAAUGUCUAUCCAGAUGACAAUGUCUCAGUAUUGAUGGACAACACCCCCAGCCAAUCAUCAGCGGCUGACAGUGAGGAGGAGAGGAGGAGUGCCUUAGAGAAGAGCAUGUACGUACUGAAGGAACUUCUAGAGACAGAGAAAGUGUAUGUGGAAGACCUGGGGUGCAUAGUAGAGGGCUACAUGGUCACUAUGACUAGUAAAGGUAUACCAGCCGACAUGAAGGGAAAAGACAAGAUCGUGUUCGGAAACAUUCAUCAAAUUUUCGACUGGCAUAAAGACUACUUCAUGGGCGAGCUGGAGAAAUGUAUAGCAGAACCAGAGAGACUGGCCCAACUUUUCAUAAAGCAUGAGAGGCGUCUCCACAUGUACGUGGUUUAUUGUCAGAAUAAACCCAAGUCGGAACACAUUGUCUCUGAGUACAUCGAGACCUACUUCCAGGAGCUGAGACAACAUCUGGGUCACAGACUACAACUCAACGACCUGCUGAUCAAACCAGUCCAGAGGAUCAUGAAGUACCAGCUGCUGCUCAAGGUGACACACACGUACAGUGACUUCCUCAAGUAUUACACCAAAGCUGGGAUGGACACAGAAGAACUGGAGAAAGCGGUAGAGGUGAUGUGCUUUGUGCCCAAACGCUGCAAUGACAUGAUGAACGUGGGACGCCUGCAGGGCUUUGAGGGUAAGAUCACGGCGCAGGGGAAGCUGCUCCAGCAGGACACCUUCACAGUGAUGGAACAGGAGAGCAGCUUUCUGUCCCGAGCCAAGGAGAGGCGGGUCUUCCUGUUUGAACAGCUGGUCAUCUUCAGCGAGCCAAUCGACAGGAAGAAAGGGUUCUCACUUCCUGGUUACACCUUCAAGAGCAGCAUCAAGGUGAGCUGUCUGGGUGUGGAGGCUCCAGUGGAGGGGGAGGGGGACCGCCUGGUGCUGACGUCACGGGGAACUGAUGGGAGCGUGGUACGCUAUGUGCUGCAGGCCGCCUCCCCAGAGGUCUGCAGGGCCUGGGACCAUGAUGUGGGACAGAUCCUGGAGACCCAGAGGAACUUCCUCAAUGCCCUCCAGUCUCCCAUUGAGUACCAGCGGAGGGAGAGUAACAGCAAGUCCAACAGCCUGGGCCGGAGCAUGAGAGCCCCCCUGUCUGCGGCCAGCGGCCCCCUGCGCCCCCACUCUUCAGCCUCCAUCGACCGCCAGUGCCUUCCCUGCCUCCUGUCGUACAACACCUCCCUCCCCACCCUCUACCUGCCCAGCCAGGGGGGAACCUGCCCCCAGGGACCUGGCGAAACAAACACACCCCAGGAGUCUCCUCUGGUCAGUAGGAACUCUCAGACAACAGUCUCUCAGUCUCACAUCCAGCUUGCCUUCACCGACCAGUCUGGCCUGUCUCACUACUCCAGGACCCAAACCCCCCUGCAGUGCCAAGCUGUGUCCAACGGGCUGUAUAGCACACAGCAGAGAGCAGGAGAGGGCUGCCGUAGCAGAGCGCUGCCUGGUGACGCUGGACCUCCUCCUGUAUCCAUCUCUGGUCCCUCGGCUGGCCGGCGCUCCAGCAACCUGGCCCAGCUCAAUGAAGAUGACCUAUGAACCGUGACCGAUAGGAGGAAAACUGAGAGGUCAUGGACGUCCACAGCUAGUGCAGAGAGAAGCAGGGGGAUCUCAUCUAGGCCUAACGUCUGUUGAUGCUAUUGUAACUUUCGGGAACUUUUGAAGAUGGAUGGAUGACUCUCUUUAUGGAGCAAGGACUAGAUGGAUGGAUGACUCUCUUUAUGGAGCAAGGACUAGAUGGAUGGAUGACUCUCUUUAUGGAGCAAGGACUAGAUGGAUGGAUGACUCUCUUUAUGGAGCAAGGACUAGAUGGAUGGAUGACUCUCUUUAUGGAGCAAGGACUAGAUGGAUGGAUGACUCUCUUUAUGGAGCAAGGACUAGAUGGAUGGAUGACUCUCUUUAUGGAGCAAGGACUAGAUGGAUGGAUGACUCUCUUUAUGGAGCAAGGACUAGAUGGAUGGAUGACUCUCUUUAUGGAGCAAGGACUAGAUGGAGGCUGCUUUUUCAGACUGUUACAGGAUGCUUCACUGGCAUCAUGACAAAAAUAUCCCAGGAUUCUAAUGGAAUAUACAGUAUGGGCUGAAAUGAUAAACAGUCAUUAGAUCAUUGAUCAUGUGAUGCCAGGUUGAAGACGUGUAGCAGCCAGACAGAUGAUGCGAUGGCUGACUGUAUGAAGAAAACUCUAUGGACAUCACGUAUUAUGGGGACUGAUGACCUUGCUUGUUUUAUUGUUAAGAUAAUUUCUAUACAGUAUCUAUUGUACUGUCUUUCUACAAGCCAGGGGAUUUCUUCACAGGGAAAUGCCAUGGGGGGUUACUGGAGAAGUGUGUACAUACUGCAUGUCUGUAAAAUGCGUUUGUGCGUGUGUACAGGAUAGGCGGUCGCUCUUCUUGUGCCAACAUGCAGAUUAAAGAACUCCAUCCUGAAGAGAAAAGGAGUGUAGAUCUGAACGACUCUUUCUCUCAGCUCUCUCACCCUGCUGGAUUCUUCUAUCCCUCCUUUAUAAAGACAACUAUUUGUAUUUUCAGGCCAUUGUUGAAACAUGUCAUCAUUCCUCCACUCAACGGGGCCUACAGUACACUAUGUUGCUGUAGUAGACAUUGAGGAGAGAGGGGAUGCCAGCUAGAUUAAUACAUUUGAUCUGUAAAUAUGUAGAGGUUUGGAUUCAUCUGUUAUAGAAAAUAGCUUUUCUGCUCCUGCCGCAGUGUUUGAAAAAAGACGAGAAUGAGAGGACUCCCAUGUUCUCUUUUUCUGUUUGACCGAAGCUGGCUCUUGUUUGAUCUGAAUAUUCCAUAAUACAAAGGAGCGAGGGAGCCCCCUGGAGGCACUCUGCAGGAGUGGCAUCACUCAGACUCAGUCUUUCCUCAGAUUCAGAUACAGAUGGAUUCCUAGGUAAGUUCUCAAUUACAUACUCCUCACAUCCUCUCUCCUCAUCUCCUUCUCAAACCCCAUUGGAGGAAAUGGUCAGAGGGAAGGGACCUCUGGCUUUCAAAUCCAAUUUGUUUUGAGAAGGAGAAGAAGAGAGAGGACGAAAGGAGUAUGUAAUUGAGGUCUUCCCCUUGUGUCCUUUGCUCCCAUCCUUUCGCUAAACGUCAGAGAGAAAGGGGAGGAUUAUAGGAGAUGAGGAGAGGAUGGGAGGAGAGGAAGGAAUCGAGCCAGGACUAUGAAGAGGUGGCCAGAGAAAUGGCCAUACCAAUGCUUGGGGAUAGAAAGCAACUGAUUUUUCAAAUGUAUAUUUUCUUGACGUCCUCUAGGUACGUCCUCUAGGUACGUCCUCUAGGUACGUCCUCUAGGUACGUCCUCUAGGUACGUCCUCUAGGUACGUCCUCUAGGUACGUCCUCGGAGACAUUCAUGGGUUGUGUUGAAAUAUGAAAUAAGAUGUCACACAGUCGUCUGUCAGUUAAGUCCAAUGUUGAUGUGCCACAGCUUUCUGCUGUAUUUAAUCAUCUGGCUUUUGCUAAUGCACACUACUGCACACCAUACUGUUGGCUCGGGCUUACAUCUCCUCUUCUAGAUAAAGGAGGACAGUUUAGAGACCGCUAACUACUUGGGUUAUUGUGUCAGUUGACAUUAUGGAUAAAAAGUUCUGCCUCCUCUGUCCACAUCAAAAUGAGAUGUGUGGCAAAACGGACGUUUUUCAGACGGCAAAUACUUCAGUUCGUAUCGUGUCACUACAAUAUUAUUACCAACUGUUGUGUUUAACACAUCAAAUACAUGUGAUGUUGUGUAUUUCAACGCCCAACCUUUCCUCCUAUUAAUCAAAGCAAAUGACUGUAAACAGAGAUGAUAACAGAAGAGUCUGACAUUUAGCAUGUCUGCUUUUGGUUAAUUCCUCUCUGUGACCAGUAAGGCUUCCACAUCCAGAUAGUAGCCUAAUAAGACCUCUGCACCAAAGAUCAAUGGCUUCGAGUUGCAAUGCCACCUCUAGCUAAAUCUAUUUCAAAUAUCAGCACGGAGGAGAGCCCUACCGCAUUCAGAACACCAUCUCAUAUUAACCCAGAGUACUCUAUGACUACGGGGUGCCGUUUGUAAAGUUAAACAGUGAAGACUGUCAUAUUUCAAUGGCAAUUUUUGAUCUAGCAUUUUGUGCAUGUGACUUAAAUAUGAAGGAAUACCCGUCCUGACAUGAAUAUAGACCAAAGAGAGGAAAUAUGGGUUAUAAAGAUGACAUAUUUGACGGAAUAGAAACUGUUGUAUUAUAUUAAAUAAAAUGAACUUUUUAAUUAA